AUGACUGAAAUGAGUGAAGAUCGAGAGGUGUUGCGAGCAGUAUGGGAUGGGAAAUUGCCCGUCAGCAUCUCGAUGGCCCCAGAAGAGGUGGAUAUGGUCAGUCAGCCUGAACGUUGCUUGUUGAUGGUGCCUCGUGUCGCAUAUCUUCCCCUGUUGGUUGAGAAAGUCAAGAAGCAUUUCAGCCGAUAUCUUUCUUCAGAUAAAAGCAACUUAGGCGAUACUUGGUUUGAAUACAACUCCUCUCCAAUCAAAUGGCAUUACCCAGUGGGAGUCCUAUAUGACUUGCUGGGCUCAGAUUCACCUCUUCCUCCAUCUGUCUUGCAUUACCCAGUGGGAGUCCUAUAUGACUUGCUGGGCUCAGAUUCACCUCUUCCAUGGUCCAUUGUGGUACACUUCUCAGAAUUCCCCGAGCAUCAACUCCUUCGAUUACAUUCCAAGGAAGCAGUAGAGUCCCUAUUCCUUUCUACUGUGAAAGAGGCAGAUGCAUUAAAGCAUCGUGGCACUGUUGUGUCCAGUAUGCAGAAAAAGGAGCACACUCAGCUUUGGUUGGGCCUUCUUAGUGAUCGAUUUGACCAGUUCUGGUCAGUGAAUCGAAAGCUGAUGGAUGAUUCAAGUAAGUUCCGGAGCAUUCCCCUGCGAAUCCAUCAGUGGGAAGGACCAUACAUCCAACGGCUGUUGCCUGCAUUUCAGGAAGAGGAGCAAGGAAGGAGAUCCACAACUCUUCUUGAUGCUCUAGCAAAAUGCCUACCUUCCUUCAUUCCUGUUCUCAUCACGUUCAACAGACUCUUCCUAGUGCUCAAGAAAGGCAAGUAUGCCAUCUCUGUAAAACGGCAUAAAACUGUAAAAAUGGCGACUGCUGUGUACUUGCCUUUCAAAUUGAUUGCGCUCUGUCAGGUCACUGAGUACUUUUCCAAAAUGCCAAAACGGUAUUUCCAAAAUGUAUACCCGUCUGCAUGGAAUGGCAAGGAACCCUUUCAGAUCCCCAUGGAUGCCAUGCUGGAUCGAACCCUGGAAGUGGUAUCAAAAGUUGAUGCUCACUACUCCAAGAAUUACAGAUGCAGCCAGGGACAUGACAUUGAUCUUUAUACUGGACUUGGAGGAAUCCCUUACAUGUACUUGAAGCUGGCUUCUGUUGCUGCACUAAAGGAGCAUCAAUCUAAGUUCCUUGAAAGGGCUGUCUUCUUUACCAAUGCAUGUAUGGCUGUUUUGGAGAAACUGAAACCUCAUUCCCACAAGAGAGACAAUGUAGCAUUCUUCCUUGGGAAUGCAGGUGUGGUUGCUGUCUGUGCAGCUGUAUAUCACAGAGUUGGAAAAAUGUUGGAGAUGGAGAAGUGCAUCUCACAAUUUCAUGAAGGUGCAGCAAUUUGCACUCCACUGAAAUUUCUGUCCCCCUCUGGAGGGGAUGAAGCACUUGUUGGAAGAGCUGGAUACUUACUUGGGGUUCAUUGGCUGGAAAAUGAAAUCAGGAGGGAGAUUCUCAGUCAGGGGGAGAAGUCUGCUAUCAUCAAGGCAAUGAUUGAAUCUGGGAGGCAGUUUGUAAGUGCAGCCCAUGGCCUGAGUGGCAUCCUACAGAUCCUCUUGAUGCAUUCUGACCUGUUGAAGGAAUUCCCAGGAGCUGAGCAGGAUGUUCUGAAGAGCACAGAGUUAUUUCUUGAGCUCCAGAGCCCAGAAGGCAAUUUUCCCCCUGACUUGCAAGGGGACUCUGCAAGGCCUGACUCUGAUGAAUUGGUACACUGGUGCCAUGGUGCACCUGGAGUUGUCUAUCUCUUGGCAAAGGCUCACCUGCUUACAAAAGGGCAAAAGUUCCUUGAUUCUGCACUCCAAUGUGGAAGCAUCACUUGGAAUAAGGGGCUCCUAAAGAAAGGACCAGGUGACCUGAAUGAAACAAUCAUGGCCAGCCUUCUCAGUGAUAGUGAGGAAAAACAAGUGGUGGACUGUACGUGCACAAGCGUGUUCCUUGAGGCCAUGGAGAGU